UUUCUUGGCUCGACAACCCCGCGACCUCAGAACUUGUCCAAGUCAUCCUCCUCCUUUCUCGUGCGAUCGACACCCACACUUUUACUAUCACGUCUUUUGUUAUCACCUACGACCAACAUGGCCGACUCCCUCACCGAAGAGCAGGUCUCUGAGUUCAAGGAGGCCUUCUCCCUGUUCGACAAGGAUGGCGAUGGCCAGAUCACCACCAAGGAGCUGGGCACCGUCAUGCGCUCCCUUGGCCAGAACCCCUCCGAGUCUGAGCUUCAGGACAUGAUCAACGAGGUCGACGCCGACAACAACGGCACCAUCGACUUCCCUGAGUUCCUUACCAUGAUGGCGCGCAAGAUGAAGGACACCGACUCCGAGGAGGAGAUCCGCGAGGCUUUCAAGGUCUUCGAUCGUGAUAACAACGGCUUCAUUUCUGCUGCUGAGCUCCGACACGUCAUGACCUCUAUCGGCGAGAAGCUUACCGACGACGAGGUUGAUGAGAUGAUCCGGGAGGCUGACCAGGACGGUGAUGGCCGAAUCGACUACAACGAGUUUGUCCAGCUCAUGAUGCAAAAAUAA